CCCAGCACUGCCCACAGGCAGGGUGAAGGUGCGAGCAGUUUCCAGCAGGAUGGACAUCAACAAGGGCCUCCCAGCUAUCGAGAGCCAUAGGGACCUCCACGUGUGGAUCAUUGAGAACCUGAAGAUGGUGCCAGUACCCGAGCGGGCUUAUGGGAACUUCUUUGAGGAACACUGCUACAUCGUCCUCCAUGUCCCCCAGAGCCUGAAGGCCACGCAGGGGGCGUCCAGCAACCUGCACUACUGGGUCGGGAAAGAGGCGGGCGCUGACGCGCAGGCCGCGGCGGGCACCUUUGUGCAGCACCUACAGGAGGCGCUGGGUGUUGCCCCUGUGCAGCACCGCGAGGUGCAGGGCCACGAGUCCGACUGUUUCCGCAGCUGCUUCCGCACGGGGAUCAUCUACAGGAAAGGAGGCCUAGCCUCUGCCCUCAAGCACGUGGAGACCAACAUGUACAACAUCCAGCGACUGCUGCACAUCCAAGGGAGGAAGCACGUGUCAGCCACCGAGGUGGAGCUCUCCUGGAACAGCUUUAAUACGGAUGACGUCUUCCUGCUGGACCUCGGGAAGGUGAUGAUCCAGUGGAAUGGGCCCAAGACCAGCGUUUCUGAGAAGGCGCGGGGCCUGGCCCUGACCUGCAGCCUCCAGGACAAGGAGCGUGGUGGUCGUGCACAGAUUUGUGUGGUGGAUGAUGAGGUCAAAGCCACUGACCUCAUGCAGAUCAUGGAAGCUGUGCUGGGCUGCAGAGUGGGCAACCUACACACAGCUGUGCCCAACAAGAGUGUUAACCAGCUGCAGAAGGCCAAUGUCCGCCUCUACCAUGUCUACGAGAAGGGCAAGGACCUGGUGAUCCAGGAGUUGGCAACCUCCCCACUGACUCAAGACCUACUGCAGGAGGAGGACUGCUACAUCCUGGACCAUGGUGGUUUCAAGAUCUACGUGUGGCAGGGAUGCAUGUCCAGCCUCCAGGAGAAAAAGGCUGCUUUCAGCCGGGCUCUGGGCUUCAUCCAGGCCAAGGGCUAUCCGGCCUACACCAACGUGGAGGUGGUGAACGACGGCGCCGAGUCCGCCGCGUUCAAGCAGCUCUUCCGGACGUGGUCUAAGGAGCGACGCAGGAACAAGAACCUCAGAAGUGUGGGCAAAUUGACUCAGUUAAAGCUGGACGUGGGCAAGCUGCACAGCCAGCCAGAGCUAGCGGCCCAGCUUAGGAUGGUGGACGACGGCUCCGGGAAGGUUGAGAUGUGGUGCAUCCAGGACUCAUGCAGGCAACCCAUGGAUCCCAAGCAUCAUGGACAGUUGUGUGCAGACAACUGCUACCUUGUACUCUACACAUACCAGAAGAUGGGCCGUGUCCAGUACAUCCUGUACCUAUGGCAGGGCCACCAGGCCACCGCACAUGAGAUAAAGGCCCUGACCUGCAACGCUGAGGAGCUGGACCUCAGGUACCAUGGAGCCCUGGUGCAGGAGCAUGUGACGAUGGGCAGCGAGCCCCCCCACUUCCUCGCCAUCCUCAAGGGCCAGCUAGUGGUCUUCCAGGGAAACACGGGGCACCAUGGGAAGGGGCAGCCAGCAUCCACCACGAGGCUCUUCCAUGUGCAAGGCACCGACAGCUACAACACCAGGACCACGGAGGUGCCAGCCCGUGCCUCAGCCCUCAACUCCAGUGACAUCUUCUUGCUGGUCACAGCUGACAUCUGCUAUCUCUGGUUUGGGAAGGGCUGCAGUGGUGACCAGCGUGAGAUGGCACGGAUGGUGGUCCCUGUCAUCUCCAGGAAGAAUGAGGAAACGGUGCUAGAGGGUCAGGAGCCUCCUCACUUCUGGGAGGCCCUGGGAGGCCGGGCUCCCUACCCCAGCGACAAGAGGCUCCCCGAGGACAUCUCCAGCUUCCAGCCACGACUCUUUGAGUGCUCCAGCCAGAUGGGCCACCUGGUCCUCACGGAAGUCGUGUUCUUUAGCCAAGAGGACCUGGAUAAGUAUGACAUCAUGUUGCUGGACACCUGGCAGGAGAUCUUCCUGUGGCUUGGGGAAGCUGCAAGCGAGUGGAAGAAGGAGGCGGUGCCCUGGGGCCAGGAGUACCUGAAGACCCAUCCGGCAGGGAGGAGCCCAUCCACACCCAUCGUGCUGGUCAAGCAGGGCCAUGAGCCUCCCACCUUCACUGGAUGGUUCCUCACCUGGGACCCGUACAAGUGGAUGAACAACCAGUCCUAUGAGGAGGUGGUGGAGGGCAGCCUGGGAGCGACAUCUGCCGUCUCUGAGAUAACAGCAGAAGUCAAAAACUUCCAGCUGUCCAGAUGGCCAAGCAAUGGCAGGGCAGGCCCCUUGGCCCUACAAGCCCUCAAGGGCUCCCAGGACAGCUCAAAGAAUGAGCUGGAGCUAGGCCCCAAGGCGGGCAGCAGCAGCAGCAGUGCCAGCACUAGGACCAGCACCAGCACUAGGACCAGCACCAGCACCAGCACUAGGACCAGCACCAGCACCAGCACUAGGACCAGCACCAGCUCCAGCACCAGCAGCUACCAUAGCAGCCCCAGAUCCAGGAUCAACGGGAGCCUGCCUCGAGAACAGCUGAUGCACCAGGCCGCUGAGGACCUGCCAGAUGGCGUGGACCCAGCCCACAAAGAGUUCUAUCUCUCAGACUCUGACUUCCAAGAUAUCUUUGGGAGGUCCAAGGAAGAAUUCUACAGCAUGGCCAAGUGGAAGCAGCAGCAGGAGAAAAAGCAGCUUGGCUUCUUCUGAACCCAGGCUCUGCCAGUGCCCCCUACAGGGCCAAGACCCCCCCCCCACAGGGACCUCCUCCGCACAUACCUGAGCCCCUGGAGAGACCCUGCUGGCACUCCCUACUCAGAGACUCCUGGGUCGCCCCACUACUUGUCAAUAAAAGCUUGUGGCCCUCA